AUGAACAUGAAGAUGACAAUCUCCUGGACUGAGAAACCUCUCGCCUCGGUCGAGGAACAUACUCGAGCAACCAUUAAAACAUUGUUCCAAUUUCUGCACGCACAGGCCAGGUGUGCAUAUCUUGCCACACAGUCCCCCAAACAUGGAAAUGACCCCGAGGUCAUCCUGGCUGCACUUUUGCACGAUGUCGGACGGUUUAUCCCUGCGGCCGAGAAGAUGGACAAAAUGAUCACUCCUGACGGCAAGUAUAUUGGAAGACAAAGCCACGAGGCUCUGGGAGAGUCUUAUCUGCGCCAUAUUGGGUUCAGCGAGAAGCUUCUUUUCGGAGUUCUGAGCGAUGUUUGGGGCCGUCAUAUUAUUUACGGAAAAGAACUUCUCCUCACUCUAUUUGGAACCCUGAUGGUAGUCUUGUUGCCUUGGAAUCGGAUGUCGGCCCAGUCUGUGACGGCAUGGAUAUCAAUAUUCCGUGUUGUGACCAGAGUAGGAAUUGGGGCUGCAGAAAAGUCACCAUUUGGCUCCCGUGCUAUCCAAGUGUUGACUGUUUUCUCGAAUAUCGGCCUCGGCAAUAUUACAGCCAGCAUCGUGUUUCUGAUCUUGCUCAAGGCAUUCGAGGGGUCGAUAGCCGAUAACCUGAGCCAUCUGGAAUGGGUCUGGCGUCUGCUAUUGGGCAUUGGAAUCGUGCCAGCGUUGUUCACUCUUUAUGCACGGUUAACGAUCAAGGAGACACAGCCCUACAAGCAAUAUGUCUGUGAUGAUACUGCCGGGCAGAAUCGUACAUUCAAGAAGCAGUGGGAGGACUUUUGCGAGUACUUCAGUCACUGCAAUAUCGCUUAUUAUGGUGUCAAUCUCAACCAAAGUAUUAUACUGGCAAGAAUCGGUUAUGCCCAUGGAGAAACACCAUGGAGGACACUGUACAACACCGCUGUGGGCAAUGUAAUCAUACAGGUAGCAGGAUAUCUCCCUGGAUUCUACGUCGGCAUCUUCCUUCCUGAUCGCAUCGGUCGUUUUUUGCUGACUGUUGGUCCUAAUUGCACGACGUUCUUGAUCCCCACGGAGGUGUUCCCAACGCGUGUUCGAGGCACCGCACAUGGAAUAUCUGCUGCUGCUGGAAAAUACGGCGCCAUUAUAACUGCAUUUGCUUUCGGUUCUGUUGAAGACGCAAUUGGCUUGGAGGGUGUCCUUGGAUUGUUCUCGGGAAUCAUGCUGCUCACUGCUCUUGUGACCUUGCUGAUACCCGAGACCAAGAAUCAAACACUUGAGGGCAUUGAAACAGAUGAGCUCUAUAGGAAACAUGAAGCUGUUGCCGAGCUUCCAUACUCUAACGUUAAGGUAGGGAACAAGGGGCUAUAUGUGGCAAAGACGAGCUUUGAUGACAAUUAA